GGAUAUUGGCACAGGAGUGUCACUUUGAUAAGUUUCACAGAUUUGGAAGUUCUUAUAUUGCAGCUUCAUAUGUGAAGUUUUUGGAAUCUGCUGGUGCCCGAGUUGUGCCAAUAAGAUUAAAUCUUUCAGAUGAAGAAUAUGAUAAAAUAUUCCACUCUAUUAAUGGGGUACUUUUUCCAGGAGGCGGUGUGGAUCUUAAGACUUCAGAAUAUUCCAGGGUUGCUAAGAUAUUUUACCACAAGGCAUUAGAGGCUAACGAUAAAGGAGAUUAUUUCCCAGUAUGGGGAACAUGUCUUGGACACGAAGAGCUUACAUAUCUCACGAGUGGCAAAGUUUUGCUCGCUAAUACCAAGACAAAUGGUUUUGCACUCCCUCUGAACUUCACCUCAGCUGCAAAAAACAGUAGAUUAUUCAAGAAUUUCCCUGAUGAUUUAUUACAUGCACUUGCUACUGAGCCAUUGACAUCAAACUUUCAUACGUGGAGCCUCUCCUUGGAGAAUUUCACAAAGAAUGAAGAGCUUCAUAAUUUCUAUAAUGUUCUGACCACUAACACCAAUGAUCAAGUGGAGUUUAUAUCUACCAUGGAAGCAUACAAAUAUCCAAUUUAUGGUGUCCAGUGGCAUCCAGAGAAAAAUCCUUUUGAGUGGAAGAGUUCACCAGGCAUUCCCCAUUCCCCAUCAGCUGUAAGAGCAGCAUAUUAUAUAGCUGACUUCUUCAUUAAUGAAGCCCGGAAGAGCCUGCACCAUUUCCCCAGUGAAGCUGAGGAAACAAAAGAAUUGAUUUAUAAUUAUAUUCCACUUUAUACAGGAACAUUUUCUUCAUUUCAGCAAAUCUAUUUUUUUGAUUGAGUAUUAUGUCAAAGGUGUGGUGUUGCUACUUAUAAUUAUUUGCCAGCAUUGAGUAAUUAACUUGAUAUAGUGCACUGCACAUGACAGAAAGCCAGCAUAGUUCUCUUUCUUUGUAAUAAUUUAUCCUGUGUUUCUUCUGCACUUGUGGACCAUUAAUAUAAAGUUUAUAUUUAAUAACAUAAUAAUUGU